AGUAGCGUUCUGAAAAACUAGGACAAUAGUGGCAGUUGGAUGGCUGGCUGCGCUCUCAGUAGAUAAAAACAAGUGGCCAUUAUAAUAGGCAGGAGAGAGCUCAGUCGUACGGAUAAGAAUAACAGACUACACUUUCCAGCAGUCGGAAGGACAAUUUAUGCGUCAACAUGUUUAGCAGAUCUUUAUUACAGAUCGGACUGCGUGUUUGUACACAGGAGAAUAGGAACGGGAUUAAAAGAGUGACACCGACGUUAACCUACAUUAGUGACAGGCGGCGCGAUGCCUCUACCACUAUCGUGGGGGACAACAAUAAGCAGAAAACUAUGGAUGAUUUGGAUGGGCCUAGUUUUCUGAAAUCUUUAUAUUGGCUUUUCGGGAAAGGGUAUUUUCAAACAACACAUCAAAUGCAAAUUGAACACAGCAAGAUCUAUGGCCCUCUGUGGAAGUCAAAGUACGGGCCCUUGGUGAUAGUGAAUGUGGCCAGUGCUGAGCUGAUUGAGCAGGUAUUGAGACAGGAGGGCCGCCAUCCCACCCGCACGGACAUGCCCCACUGGAGGAGUUACCGCGAGCUGAGGAACCACGCCUAUGGGCCCCUCACAGAGAUGGGUGCUCAGUGGCAGCGGAUCAGGAGUAUCCUGAACCCGCGGAUGCUGAAGCCCAAGCAUGUCUCCGCCUACACCAACGCCAUCAAUGACGUGGUCACAGACUUCAUAGAAAAGGUGGCAUGGCUCAGGGAGACCAAGGGAGAAGGGGUCAUGGUGAACGAUCUGGCUGGAGAACUCUACAAGUUCGCCUUUGAAGGGAUCUGUUCUGUGCUGUUUGAGACCCGUAUGGGCUGUCUGAAUGAGGAGGUUCCUGAAGAGACCCAGAAGUUCAUUUUUUCAGUAGGAGAGAUGUUUCGCCUCUCCCCCAUCAUCGUUCUCUUCCCCAAGUCCACCUGGCCCUACCUCCCCGUCUGGAAACAUUUUGUGGCUGUCUGGGAUCACCUCUUCAAAGUUGCGGAGGAGCAGGUACGUCAGAAGAUGGAGGAGAUCCAGGAGAGGAUCUCCCUGGGCCAGCCGGUGCAGGGAGAGUACCUCACACACCUCCUUGUCAGCGAACAGAUGUCUGUCACUGAGAUACUGGGCUCCAUCACUGAGCUACUGCUGGCUGGGGUUGACACAACGUCCAACACCGUCUCGUGGUCUCUGUACCACAUGGCCCUGGAGCCAGAGAUCCAGGAGAAGCUGUACCAGGAAGUGAUCAGUGUCUGCCCGGGGGACAAGGUGCCUACUAGUGAUGACAUCGCCAGAAUGCCCUGGCUUAAGACUGUUGUCAGGGAGACACUACGGAUGUACCCAGUAGUACCCGGAAAUGCCCGCAUCAAUGUGGAAAAUGAAAUAGUCGUGGGGGACCACCUCUUCCCCAAAAAUACCCUGUUCCACCUGUGUCACUAUGCCGUGUCCUAUGACCAGACAGUGUUCCCAGAGCCCCAUGCCUUCCUGCCAGAGCGCUGGCUCCGUGGGGGCCAGGGGGAAGACAAGAAGAACCAGCACCCCUUCGGCUCCGUGCCCUUCGGUUUCGGGGUCCGGGCCUGCCUGGGCCGGAGGGUGGCCGAGCUGGAGAUGUACCUCAUCCUUUCAAGGUUGAUAAAACACUAUGAGAUACGUGCAGAUCCUGCCGGAGCCACAGUUAAGCCAAUCACAAGAACCCUUCUUGUCCCUGCUACCCCAAUCAACCUGCAGUUUAUUAAUAGGACAGUCCAGUAGCAAGAGGAACCAAUGGCAGCAGAAGGAAUUUCCCUAUGAACCACAUUAGUAUCAAAGAUGGUAUAUUAUAUUGACAAGAUAAACAAGUGACUGCUGUGACAAUGGAAAUAAAUGUCCUCAAAGAUGGAGGAAGCCAGAUCAGGUGAGGCCAUUCUAGCCAAUGAAAGGGCAGAUAUGUGUGUGAACAACAGGCCAAAUAGAUAGAUGGAGGACUCAUCUUUGUAUCUGUGCUAUUAUAUAUUUAUUUUUGUUAUUUGAUUAUUUAAAAAACAUUUUUACCCCUUUUUCUCCCCAAUUUCGUGGUAUCCAAUUGGUAGUUACAGUCUUGUCUCAUUUCUACAACACCCGUACGGACUCGGGAGAGGCGAAGGUCGAGAGCCGUGCGUCCUCCGAAACACAACCCAACCAAUGUCGCACUGCUUGUUGACACAAUGCCCACUUAAUCUGGAAGCCAGGCGACCGUGUCAGUGUGCACUGUGUCAGUGUGCACUGCGCCCGGCCCGCAACAGGAGUUGCUGGUGCGCGAUGGGACAAGGACAUCCCUGCCGGCAAAAACCCUCCCCUUACCCGGACGACGUUUGGCCAAUUGUGCGCCACCCCAUGUGUCCCCCGGUCGCGGCUGGCUGCAACGGAGCAUGGACUCCCAACUCAUAGGAAUUCCCACCCAGUUGACUACUUUAAAAUGGUGGAAGCCCUCAAAGGCAAUGUCCAUGCUAAAGCGUAUAAUAUUUGCCAAAGCGUAUAUCCAUGAUGAGUCCUCUAUCUAUUUAUCUCUAUGACACAGGCACAACUCAAAGUAGCCCGAAAUGCCACGUGCAUCCACUUAUAUCAGUGCAUUCGUAACAACCUAAGCAUCAAGAUACGUAUAUGUAAUCAAAUAAGCAUCAAUUAGAAUUUUUUUUUUUUUAUGACCAAAUUAGACACUCUGAUUGGCCUCCAUACAAACAUUCCUUACUUUGUAUGCUUAUUUUCAUGGACAGAUUUUGGGCAGCGUAUAACUCCGCUUCAUCUCUGUUAGUAUACACACCGUGUAAGUCUUCCUGUCACCAAGCACUUGUUAAUGGACAAGUCACUAAGUGUACUACUUUACCUCACUUAACUUUCCCAUGCCUUAAUAAGUGACCCACAAAUGUGUAACGUCAGGACCACAACACAGCGAGACCACAGUAAGACCCUGUUGUUGACAGUGUGUUGUCAUUAUAUUUACAUGUAUUUCUGUAGAUAGGUUUAGUUUAAUUUAACAACUGUCUUGCUCCAGGUGAGGCUGUGUUAUUUGUUGCUAAUUAACACAGUUUAAUUUGUAUGUUUUUUUAAAGUUAUAUGAUUUUAAAAUGUAUUUUAUGUUAUAUGACAAUGCACAUAUUAUAGAUGUAUAAUUACCUACAAAGUUAUGCUGUUGAUUCAGUAUUGAAGAUGUUCUAAAUGAAUGUAACACAAUAAAAUAGCCUUUUAGACA